CGCUUCGCCCCAGCGUGGGAGCGCGUGCUGCACGCGGCGCGGCGCGGGGCGGCCGUGCUGGCCAACUUGCACGAGCAUCUGCUGCACGGCGACGCUGACGACGCGGCAAGCGGGCGGCAGAUGCCAGGAGCAGGAGGAGGGAGCGGAGGCAAUGUGUUCGCCUCGAUCAAUGCGCUGCCGCACAGCAAGGAGGAGCUGGCGGACCUUGUGUGCCGCAUCGGCUCCUCGCUGUGGGUCUCUGUAGACAUGGCGAAGAGCAUCGUGCUUUCCAAGUUACAGGCGCAGUUUGUCAGCAAGACAAUACGAGGUGAGUUCUUUGCCACGUCACUUUGGCUUCAGCGUCGUGGCGUGCAGGAGCUGCGGGUGCGUCGUGUUACGUUGGUCGAUCUCGCGCUGACGGUCAUUCAAGACGAUGGGCGCGAGGCGGAAGUUGGCCGACCGGCU